UAUUCAUGAAAUGAAUAUUUUGUAUUAAUUUAAUUACUAUACCCAAUUUAUGCAUAAAGAUUCCUGAUAAAUAGAUUCUCAGUGCAUAUAUUUUAUAAUCAAAAUGGGUAAAUUUACUUUAGCGUGAGAAUGCAUAUUUUUCAGACUGACAACUGUCUUGUCACCCUGCUCGUCGCCACACUUAUUUGUUUUCGUUAUUAUUUUUCAAGUUUGUUUGUUUAGUGAUUCAAGUAUUUGCAAAAGUGUUGUUACACCUUCGUAGCUACACUGACAAGUGCAGUGUUGUUCCACAUAAUGGAUGCAGUUCUCCCCGAUCUGGGCGAAGAGCUUUCGGCAAAGUUGCGCGAACACCAGAUUGACACCGUGGAUACGUUCCUGUUUUUGACACAGGAAAUGGUGAUGCGUGAGCUCGGCCUGAAACUUGGCUCCUGGCUGCGCAUAGAUAGAGCCCAGCAGGUUCUAAGAAGCGAAGGACCUUCUACAAAACCGCUCCGGGAUUCAAACUGUAAACGGGAAGCGAAUCAAUGUCAUGGAAAAUUCACAGUCAGCUCUGAUGAAAUCCAGAAUAUCAUUGAAUCAGAUCUUGCCUGCCAAUCACUGUUGCGUGGAAAGCUUGCCGAAGGACUGGCCCUCAAGAAGAAUGAAAAAAAUCUGAUUUGCCGCACAGUUUGCUCAAAAAUUUUCAAGGAUGCCAUUAAAGAUGAACGAAAAAUAACUCCUGACGACAAACGCAAUCUAGCUAAGGCCAUCGUUGAAGCUUAUGACUGCCUCAAAAGUGAUGUUCCUGGAAAACCUGUUGAAGUGAGUAUUCCAGGCACUGCCGUCAGCCUAGUCGUGACCAUAAACCCAUACCUAUUCGGUAAGACCAUGUAUCUGGAUUCCAUUCUCAGUACAUUUCAUAUAUUUCAGGCCGAAUUUUUUUGGGAAUGCAACGGCGAGACUAAAGGACCGCACACUGGGUUCAUUCAAAACUGGAUCCGGAAUUGCAAAUCGAAAUCGAUCGAUGGACCAAAAUCGAUCAAGCGCAAACGUCGGAAUGAGAUAAACAUAUCCCAAGAGGAAGUUGAUGCUAUUGAGGAAUUGUGUGCCACGGAACCCGCGCCGGAAUCCCAUCCUCGGGUCAUGGAGUUACUGGCAGCAACAUUCAUGUACAGGCAGACGCUGAGGGCAAAUAAUCGAAUGGUUUCCGAAAUAACAUCCGAAUUUCCGUAUUUGCUGAACGAAGACGCGGUAGUGUAUUAUUUAAAUUUUGGGUUUUCAUUUUGUUGAUCAUUGAGUCAAAUUUCAGAUCCAUCAAGAAUUCGAUUUGAUGUUUCCGGAACGGCAAAGGUCAACCAGUUUUGAGUCCGUGACCCCUUUAUGCUUGAUGCUCAAGCAUGAGUUCGAUGAGAUAGCAAGUGGUAUGAUUUGUGAUACAUAUCAAAAACGUUAUAGUAAUGUUAUUUUUCUUUCAGAUGGCAUUCGGGCAAUCGCCAAACUGUGCUCUGAACUUACGCAGCAAGGCGCUCGGAAAUCUGAUCCAGAGGGUCUCCCACCUAUGGAAGACUUUUUAUCGGUUUUCGUUCGUUGGCGCCAGGAGGAUAAAGAUAUGGACUAUUUUUUGACGAAUUUCAUUGACAUUCCACCAUACGUUUUCUGUGAAACGUUUGCAUUUGCAGAAGGAGUUUAUUACGUAAUGAUCAAUGGUGUCGCUUUGCAUAUUGGCCAUAACUUCUACUUAGCUCUUGACGUCGCACUUAAGUCGUACAAAGUUUUCAAUUACCAAAUUCCGUCCAAAGCAAAGAAAGUUAUAAGCUUCUUUGACAUUCUGAUUUACGAGACAUGCAAAUUUAGCCGAACUGCGGCUGUCAACAACCUUUGCGACAAAUUUCGUAAGGCUUUGCGAAAUCCUACCAGUUCGUAAUCUUGUUCGUAAUGCUAUUCGGCAAUAGGAACUCAGAAACGACAAUGCAGUGGUUAAAAUCAAUUUCUUUGAUUCUCAAUAUACAUUUUCCAUCAAGAAUUGCGCUCAACGAGAAUAAUUUGAAUACAUAACAUGUAAUAUUGCUUUAAAUAAUUUUAACUUAGCAGUGUGAGUUCAAAUACGAUUAGAGAAUAGGAUGAUAGUAUAUUGAUUCCAGGAUUGCUUCAUAAGUAAUUCAAGUCCAACUUCUGACAGAUACGUGUUCUGCUGAGUCGUAACUACUAAGUUGUUUGAUUUCUGAACAUGUCAAAUUAUCGAGUUUUGUCAUUGAGCGAGUCGCACAAAAUGUCAAAUUAUCAAGUUUUGUCAAUACGAACAAAAUCGCAAAAUAAAUGUAUUAUUAAGUUUAAAACAUCUGAAAUAAUUCGUAAAUUAAUUAUGAAAUGAAAUGAAA